CACAGGAACAGAAAUGUCUCUACAGAAAGCCAAUGCAGCGCUCGGAGAGAAAGCUGAGGAGGUGGCCAAGUUGAAGGCUGAGAUCACAGACCUGGAGGUGAAGCAUGCCGAAUUGAAAGUUGAGAGAAAACAGUUGGAACAGCAGAGGGAAGAGAAGGACAGCCAAGGUGCUCAGCAGCAGACUGAAAUUGGUCAGCUUCAUGCAAAACUAUUGGAGGCCGAGAGGCAAGUGGGUGAGCUGCAAGGUCGUCUGAAAGAACAGAGGCAGCUGUCUGGGGACAAACUGAAGGACAGAGAGCAGCAAGCAGCAGACCUGCAGCUUAAACUCUCGCGUGCUGAAGAACAGGUAGACCUGAGAUUGAGCCUAUGUGGAUCCUAACUCUGAAUUAAUGUCAACCAAGUUGCAGCCGAUCACAAAUCAAAAAUUUGCCUGAUUCUGUCAGGUUCUGUGCUACAUAUAAAUAUUUUAUG